AUGCUGCUCGUGGUCCUGACUCUGGUUGGUCUGGCGGUUAGUGGUUGUUUCGGCAUCAUCGGACUUGACAUUCGAAGGAGCGACUCGGUCGACUUCAUACAAUCUGACAGGCACCGUCUCGGCGAACGUCAAGUCUCACAGACGCUUGACAACCAGCGCAAUCUUUACUUCGCCAAUGUCACACUCGGAACGCCUCCCCAGGGCCUCAGAAUGCACCUUGACACCGGCAGCAGUGAUUUCUGGUGCAACUCGCCACAGUCCAGCCUCUGUAUGGCAAGGUCUAACAGAUGCAACGUGUCUGGCACCUAUGACUCAACAGCAUCUUCCUCUUACAAGUUUGUCAACAACAAAUUCAAUAUCAGCUAUGUGGACGGUAGCGCAGCGCUGGGCGACUACGUGACCGAUACCAUCAGUAUUGGUGGUCAGAGCAUCAGCGAUUUCCAAUUUGGCGUAGGUACGAGGUCCAGUUCGACAGAAGGUGUGCUCGGGAUAGGAUACGCUAUCAAUGAAGUUCAGGUUAGACGCGGCCAUGGAAGUCCUUACCACAAUCUACCACAGCGUAUGGUCGACGAGGGUUUCAUCAAAUCCAACGCAUACAGCUUGUGGCUGAAUGAUCUCGGCGCAAACACGGGGCAAAUUCUUUUUGGUGGAGUCAACACGGACAAGUACCACGGCUCUCUGCAAACUGUUCCGAUCUUGACACUUGCUGGCCAAUAUUCCGCAUUCCUUAUCAGCCUAGAUAGCAUCUCUGUGGACGGUGUCAACGUUGCGCCGUCGGUCUUCCCAGCGCAGGUGCUGCUGGACUCAGGAUCGACCUUGAUGUACCUCCCGGACAAUAUUGUUGAGUCAAUAUACAAUCAGGUUCAUGCGGCCACCGAUUCGAGGGCAGGCUCUGUUAUCGCCUAUGUUCCAUGCGCGCUCGCUAAUGAAGAGAAGACGAUCGACUUCACAUUCAGUGGGAUCAGAAUCUCCGUCCCGUUCAACGAGGUCGUACUGCCAUCCAAGUGGCCUAAUGGAGCAGAUCUACACUUUAACGAUGGCACAGUAGCUUGUAUCUUUGGGGUUGCGCCCAGUGGAGGAAGUUACUCAGUCCUAGGCGAUACCUUCUUGCGAUCUGCCUACGUCGUGUACGAUCUGGACAACAACCAAAUCUCGCUGGCUCAAACGAACUUCAAUUCCACGACUGAUAAUAUCAAGGAGAUAGAGGUGGGGCCUACCGGUGUUCCAGAUGCAACCUUGGUCUCACACUCUGAUGCCAUUGCGAAAGGUAUCGGGUCUGAAGAUACAAAGCUGGCGGUAGUCGCAACCCCCACAGACACAAUGGUUUCUGGAGCUUCGACCGGAGCGGCAAUGCCUGCAGGCCUUUGCUUGAUCGGAUUCAUGCUGAUGGGAAUGGGCUUCUUGGCCUAA